AAGAAACAACUCAAUGUUGGCAGCAAAAGUUUAUCAUGAGUCGUUUAGUAAUUCAGUCGUUACUGCUUGUUCUCUUGCUUCAAUCAAUUUUGGCAUAUCGCUAUGCUAAAAGAGAAGCAUUGAGAGGAAGAUACGAAAGUUUACGCGAACCUCUUGUUGCUUGGGACAAUAGAGAUGCACGUUUAGACAAGAGAAAUGCUGACAACCGGGCAUGGAUAUAUGACGAUGAACGUUUGGACAAGAGAAAUGCUGACAACCGGGCAUGGAUAUAUGACGAUGAACGUUUGGACAAGAGAAAUGCUGAUUACCGUGGAUUUGGAUAUGACGACGAGCUUUUAAGCGAGCGAGAAGCUUUUGUACCGAAGAAGCGAGUAUCAUGGAACAUAAAAAAAAGGAGUAUGGAAAAAUCUAGCCUAGUUCCAUCUGGAUUUUGGGUAGACCACGACGAACGUGUUGCGUAAAUAUCUAACUUUAAAAACGUAUGCCCUUAAACUAAAAAUUGUUUCUGGAAAUUUCCGAAAAUUUAGACGAAAAUAUUAGGCAGUAAACGUACUUUUGUUGUGUAUCUAAAAAUAUAAAAAUACUUGGCUUAUUUUCGAA